AUGGAAGGAGAAGCUGCUGCCGCCGUCCUUCAAGCUCUAGUUCAAAACCUCAUCGACCUCUCCAAGAAAGAGAUAUCUCAAAUCCGAGAUCUCGACAAAGAUGCAGCAAAGCUAGCAGGGAAUCUCGACAUGAUCAAAAAUUUCUUGUACGAUGCCGAGAUGCGUAGCAUCAGCAGCAAAGCUGUCAAGAGCUGGUUGAAGAAGCUUGAAGAUGUGGCGUUCGAUGCUGACAAUGUUUUGGAUGAAAUCAACUAUCAUAUUCUCUCCAAACAAAUCAAGCCCGCCGAACCCAAGAAGUCAAAGGUACCAUCAUGCUUCUCAUGCUUCAAGCAUAUUUCACGUUCUCGAAAUAUGGCUCUUAAAAUCAAAGAAAUCAAUGAGAAUUUGGAGUCCAUUAACAAAGAGGCCGCCGAUCUUGGUCUCAAAGGGGAGCUCGAUAAUGAGCCCACUUUGGUUAUUGCUACUUUGGAAACUAUUUCAUUCACUCUUGAUCCAAUUUUUGUUGGAAGAGAUGAUGUUGCUUUCCAUCCUUCCCAUUGUCGGGAUGGGGGAUUGGGGAAGACGACAUUGACUAGGAAAGUCUUCAAUCGUCUCAAGGAUGAGAAUCGGUUUGGAUCACAUAUUUGGGUGCAUGUUUCUCCAAAUUUUGAUCCAAUCAUUCUUUACAAGAAAAUUCUCGAAGAAUUGACUUCUGAUAAAGGUGAAAAUGAGAGUACGCAAGCUAUUCUUUCAAAGCUUCAAAAUGCUUUGAAAGACAAAACUUAUCUUCUUGUACUCGAUGAUGUAUGGAAUGAAGAUCGUUCCAAAUGGGAAUAUUUUAUCAAUUCUUUGUUGGGAGUUAGUUCUGUCAAAGGAAAUGCCAUUGUUGUUACCACGAGAAGUACGCAGGUUGCUUCAAUUGUGAAUCCACUACAUACACAUGAGUUGAAAGGUUUAUCAAAGGAAGAUUGUUGGUCGAUAAUCAAAGCUAAAACCUUUGGAGAAGAAAAUGUUCCUUCAGAAUUCGAGGACAUUGGGAAAAAAAUUGCAAGCAAAUGUCAAGGUUUGCCGUUAGCUGCCAACGUAGUUGGGGGUGUUCUGCACAAUAAAUCUGAGGACAAAUGGCGUUCAAUCGAGGAGAAAUGGCUUUCAGCCGAUGAAGGAGGAGAUUAUAUCUCAAAAAUAUUGAGAUUGAGCUUUGAUAAUUUGUCUCCGCCACUACUUAAGAAAUGCUUUGCGUACUGUUCGAUGUUUCCUAAAGGCUCCGGAAUCAUCAAACAGAGACUGAUUGAGUUGUGGAUGGCAGAAGGUUUUCUUCAAGCUGAUGGAAGGGAUGAGAUGGAGUCCGUGGGCGAAAAUUUUAUCAACGUUCUUCUGCACAACUCUUUAUUGCAAGUUUCAAAGAGAGAUGCUUCUGGAAAUGUAGAAAGUUGUGGCAUGCAUGAUCUUGUGCAUGAUCUGGCUUGUUCUGUUUCAAGUUCCUCUAACAAUACGGGUGGUAGCAGCCGAGUUCGAUACAUGACUCUCGAAAGAGAAGAAUCAAGUCGUAUCUCAAAAGAAAUGGCAAAAUAUUUGCGUACAUUAUUAAUAUCAUAUGGAUGUUAUAGUUCUGGUAUCAACUUCUCAGACUUCGAAAGUCUGCAUGUUUUACGUCUUGACAAUGGAGUUGAAGAGUUGUCAAGUUCGAUUCGAAAGUUGAUACAUUUGAGACAUUUUGACAUUUCAGAGACAAGAAUUGAACAUUUUCCGGAUUGGAUUGGUGAAUUCUUUCACUUGCAGACGUUGAGAGUAGACUCAAUAUGGUUGAAGAAACUGCCAAGUACGAUUAAGUACUUGAUUAACUUGAGGCAUCUUUAUAUUACUGAGAAGGUAGAGUUGCCUGCGGGAAUCGGGCGAUUAACUUCUCUCCAAACGCUGAAGUACUUUCCAGUGGGGGACGAGAGUGGUUGCAAAAUUGAAGAGCUGGGAAGUUUGAAUAAUCUUAAUGGAGGGCUACGGAUUCGCAAUCUGGAAAGGGUUCAUGACAAGGAAGAUGCUCGGAAAGCCAAUUUAUUCCAAAAGUCAAAAAUAUUGAAGUUGCGUUUGGUAUGGGGUGAUGAGAGAGAAGGUGAAAGAAAUGAUGAGAAUGUAUUGGAAGGCCUGCAGCCUCACUCAAAUUUGAAGAAGUUAAAGAUUUCUGGAUACAAAGGCAGUAGGUUUCCAUUAUGGACUCAGAAGAUGGCAGUUGGAGAUGUGGUACUUAACAAGUUAAUGUCGUUAUCACUCUCUUGGUGCGAAGAAUGUGAAGAGAUCCCAAUGUUGGGGCACUUGCCCAAUCUCAAGUCCCUUGUGUUGUGGGGAUUGAGCAAUUUGAAGUGUAUAAAUUCUUCAUUCUACGGAAUGGUGAACAAGGACACACGCAUUGUUUUUCCAGCUCUUGAGAGGUUGGAAUUGCGUCUAAUGCCUAAGUUGGUAGAGUGGGCAGAAAUAGAAGUUUCGGGUGGAAGUGAAGUGAAGCUAUUUCCUCGCCUCCAACAUUUGGAAAUUUGGUGGUGCGAGCAAUUGAUGAGUGUUCCAAGUCAUGUCUCGUCAUGCCUUCAACAUUUGACAAUUCGUUGGACCGGUCUGGAAUGUCUCCCAGCUGAUUGGUUAUUCAGUAACAACCAGACUCUCUCUCAUUUGUCUAUAAGUCACUGCCCCAAUUUGAGAGAAUUAGGGGAUAGAGAUAGCGGCGGAGAACAAUCACAAGGAAGCUUCACAUCCCUUUGCCGUCUCCAGAUUGAUGAAUGCGAAGCAUUGGAGUACUUGCCAUGUGAAAUGCUGGGAUUCUCUCUCGAGAAGAUGUCGUUGAAGAGUUUAAGCUGCCUAAAGAAUCUAGGAAGGGUAAUUGAGUGCCUCCCAAGAUUGCCUCGUCUAACAAAUUUGACAAUCGAACGCGUUCCUAAAUUUAUGGCCACUGGUUGUCUUAAGAUUUCGCCUAUUCCCAGCUUGAGACAGGUGCGUAUGGAUGUUAGUAUGGGGGUGGAGACUGUGGAUGCCAUAUUGCAAGGAUGUUGCCACUCACUUCAUUGGUUAUCUCUGGAGGGGAUGGAAAGUUGGGAAUGCCUACCUGAAUCAAUUCAACUUCUCACUGCUCUUUCUCUCCUAAUGUUAAAGAAUUUUGGAAUGGAAGAGUUACCUGAAUGGUUUGGGAACCUCUCAUCCCUAAAGGAGUUGUGGUUAGAGAACUGCAAAAGGCUAAGGCGUCUACCCUCUAUGGAUGCAAUGCAGCGCCUCACAACAUUAAAAAAACUAUCUAUUUGGUAUUGCUCGGAAUUAGUGAUUAAAAGGGAGGCAGCUGAUUCUGAAUGGCCCAAGGUUUCCCACAUCCCCUCCAUCACCAUUGACAAUGAGGAUUUACAGUGAAUCAUCAUUUGUCAUUGAGGUGAUUCUAACAAAUUAGGAGGUGAAGCAAUGGAUCAAUGAAGAAGGAUUGAGUGAGUGUCCAUUUUGAUUUGAACUUUUGUUGAUAGGAUUAUAAUGCCGAAAGUUGAAGAGGAUGCAUGUGGAUAUCAAUUUGUUGCAGACAGUCAAAGCAUCUCCACUUCUACUCAUGUUUUUAUAUUUAUGUUAUAUGUGAUUUUGUGUUA